AUGGAUGGACUUUUUAGAUCUGACUAUGUGCCAUUACCACUUGAACCUCGAAAGUCCAAAAAGCCAGAACCUGCACACAUUCCUGAAGGUAAAUUUGAGGGUCAAAGUGUGUACGAUUCGGAAUUCACAGUGGACUACAAAGCAUGGGAUUUAGAGCCGCACCACAGCUACGGUCCAAAAUGGGAAUAUCGAAAGCCAUCAGCGGACUUCAAAGGAGAGCCAACUUAUACCAUUGACUACGUGGAUCAUGGUACUGUUAAGCCUCCGAGUCCUUUUAAGCCGUUGGUUCAACCACUCCAGAGUGAACCUUUUGAUGCGAUAACCACCUUUACGGCGGACUACGUACCUAAACAUGGAGGUAAACAAAAGCCUUUUCGUCCGGUUUACACGGCAACACACUCAGAUUUACCCUUUUCAAAUGAGACAACUCAUCGUGCAGACUACACUGAAUGGCCUCUUUCUCAGCAACAUCAUAGGUGUCCCGAGACGUACAGACCAAAUGCUGCUGAAUUUGACGGCCAAACCACCUAUGCAACCAAUUACAUUCCUAUGAAGUGUGAAAGAACUAAAAGUAUCAAACCAGCUCACCAGAACUUAGAUCCAAACAGAGAGUUUUCGGAUUUGACGAACUACAAAAAGGAGUAUCGCAAGUGGUCACUCAAAGCUUGUUCAAAUCCUGCUCGUGAACCUUUGAAAUAUGUGCCUCCGGACGCACCCUUCGACGGACAAACGGUCUAUCAAAACGAAUAUGUUCCCAAACAGCUCGAUCCCUGUCCGGCGCUGCAACUUCAGUUCAACCCCAAUGUCAUUUGCGAGGGCGAGGUGGGUUUUAUUAAAAAAUUGCCUCUACCAUACUUUAUGCAGACAGCAAAAGUGCUCAAAGUUGACAUAAAGGAGGCGACAGUCACGUCCUUCAGUGAUACGAAAAAACUAGCCGUUGAACCUGCUUCUCAGCUUGCAUUGCUCUAUGUUCUCAAUGAAAUCAUUCUGAAAUGUUCAAGCUAUGGAACUCCUGAAAUCAAGAAUUCAUUUAAGGAUCCCAUUAUAGAUGCACUGAAAAUUCUUCGACCUGGAUUGCUUAUGCGGAAGGUCAAGAAGCUUUUGUUCAUGUGGUCUGACCGGGGUCUCUUUGACCAACAGUUUAAUAAGCAAAUGCUACAGUUAACAGAUACUUUGGAUAAACGUUUCGAUCGUAAGGUUAGCAAUAUGGAGGCUGAUGGGGCUGCAAGUAUUAAGGAUUUCUCUCCGGACAAGCUGGUAAGCCAAUUGCAGGGAUUCAAGCAAAUGGACGAAACAGUCAAGACCUUCUCUGAAUCUGAUUUGAUUCCAUCCUUUCACCUUCCCGACGAAAACAUCCUUUGCCGUAUAAAAAGCAAAGAGGAGGGCCAGUCUUUCUCUCAGCAGGUCAACACAUACACCGGCCAACUGGCAGAUGCGCUAAAUAACCUGAGAGGAAAGCUCUCAGCGCAGGAGGCAUUGGGUAAAAAUAUUGACAAAGCUAUACUGUUCUAUUCAGCACAGGAGAAGGAAGCUGGUGUUGUCGUAAACGCUUAUAAGUCUUAUGAGCAGCAGGUGCGCAACACUCUUCGUACGAUUCUCGGUGGUGAUUGCGAUGCCGUAGAUCAGUCUCCGAUUGUCUUUGAAAUGACUAUUGAAGAGGACAAUGCCGAACCAGUCACCGUUUCUUCGCAAAAAAGCGUUUCCGAGCAGCACACCCGUUUCGAGAAUCAUGAUGAAAUUGGUGAUGGGGGCGUUUCCGAUAUGUCUGAGGAUGAGGAAGACGAGUGUACUCGCACUCCCUUUGUAAUUCGAAAUCAGGAUGCAAAUACUUCAAGGGAUGUUCGCGAGCUACUCGUUGAUCCUAAAUCUCUGGCUCACUUUCCUUUUAGUAAUGAAAUAAUAAUUGAUGAUAAAGGGGAUGUGGACUAUCGUCCAAUGUUCAACAAGAUGCUGUCCUGUGAAUGCUUUGACAAAGUGAAGGAGACUUCAGGAAAGUCCUCUAGUGGAAUCUCAUGUACUAAUAAGGAUGCGGAGAGCAAAGAUGCUGUCGUCGAAAGUGUAAAUAUAUCCGAUGAAGAAGUUGAGGUUGACAUGAAAAAGUCCUCUAUGGUAGACGCUUCCGCUUUAACGGAGACAGGUGACUUUGAUUACCGGCAACCAACUUUUGGAUCCGGUGAAGCAGAAAGGGACCGGCAAAACCCUGCUCUCAGUCAUCCAACAUCCAAGAACCAAGAUGCCGAUCUUCGUUUAUUGAUGCCGCCGGUCUCUGAACCUCCCCACUCCGUUGUUGAUUCAGACUAUCGACAAUUCUGUGUACCUUCUGCUUUGCAAUUGCCGUCGUCGGCAGCAUCAUCUUUCCCUUGGAUGAAUAAGGGUGAUUGCGAUCUUCGUCAGAGUCAGGCUGCCAGAGCCGUGGUCGCAGCCUCGGCAUUAGCAAACGCAGUAGCUGUGCAAUCCUUACUGCUCGCCUCUACACCAACGCUACCGUCACAACCCCUCUUUGCACCUGUUAUAGCUACUCCAACUGCCCCAGUACUACCACAGCACCAGUCUCUUCCUACCUCUGUCGCAACUCCCAUUUCCCUCUAUCAGCAGCAACAAAAUCAGUCCAACGCGGCAGUCUCCACUUCAUCCAUUUCCUUGUCACAUCAAAACCAGUGCCCACCACCUUUAGUUCCCGUUUUUGAUCUCCAGCGGACAUAUCAACCACCAACCACAUCAUCCGCGUCCACACAUGUCAGCUUAUCUGGUAUUUCAUCAGAUCUUAUUUCGACCUUGAAGAAAAUCAACCUUCCUGGCGUGUCUUCAACAUCUGCUCGAUCAACCGUACAUCCAGCUUCAAGUGAUGCAACAAUUUCCUCUAAUCCCAUUUCAGGAUCAAAUCAGGAUAUCAAACAGGUGGAUGAUAGUACUACAAAAUGCAGAGUUGCGGGGCCACAGGAUGAAGAUCCUUUCACUAUUAUAUCUCGACUGACUGGGCUAUCCAACCUUAUUCAGUCUGUUAAACCAACAUCGGCGUGUACAGCGAGCAAAUUGGUCAAUGAAGUAACUCCAGCACUAUCGAACCCUGAGGAUUCCUUACUGCCGGAACUUCAGACGCCGAACUAUUCCGAUAAUUUGAGCGAAGAGGAAGCGGAGAAUGCUUCAGUGAAAAAGAUAAGUCCAAACUCGUCCCCCCGUCCUCUCUCGCCAACGGUAGAUGCUGUCACGAGUGGCGAAGAUUUGGAGCAGAGUGAAGAUGGUGGAGCCACGCCCACGCAGGAUGAAUCUGAAACACUGAAUGAUGCUGUCCCAGGUUCCAACUGCUUUACAUUUCAAACUGGACUGGGCCCCAAUGUUCUCACACAGGCUAAAUUCCCGCCUCUCAUAUCUCCAAAGUCCAUGCACCCACCACCUCUAGCAGGGACCUCGAAUAAUCUGCUCUUACCAUUCCCUCUGCGCGAAAGGUCGCUUGCUGCUUUGAUCUUGAAAAAGCGUUCGAAAUUGCCCAACCGUUGGACCGACUCCGCCUGUCCAACCACCUUGGCCUACGGCAACGUUGCCAACACAUUGCCCCAAUAUGUGCGGAAAGCCUCUACCACCUCAAGCAUUUUUCCCUGUUUUUCCUCCCAUGGUACGCCAAUCGCCGUUCCCUAA